AUGCCGGAAGAAAAGAAGAAACAAAGUUUACCGUUUUUCGCAAAUUGCUUAAUAGCCGGAUUUUCCGGGUGCCUAAUACAUUUAACACCUAAUACACAGGACAAUUUCGAUAAUUGUUUUCUAUAACUGUUGUUAUUAUUAUGUAAUCACGCAAUAUUAGGAUGGGUGCGGCGGUUUUCGUCCAUCCGCUGGAAGUGCUCAAAUUUCGUAUGCAGUUGAGCGGCGAGAAAGGUUCCACUGUGGACCAUAAAAAUUCGUUCCAGGCAAUCGUGAAUAUGGCUAAAAAAGAAAAACUUUCUGGUUUUUAUGGUGGCAUCACGGCCAAUUUCACCAGACAACUCGUAUUCACGUCUACCCGAAUAGGAACGUACACUACGCUCUCGGAAAAAUUAAAAAAGUGAGAUUAUAUACCUACUCAAUAAGUAAUAGUAACAUCAAUAUAACAUAUUAAAUAGGUGAGCUACCUAACAUUCUAUUGUAGUAUGAUGCCUAAAUUCAACAUUUAAAAAUGUUAUCAUUGCGUUUUGUCAAUUUAGUCUACAUGAUGUACAAUUGCUUUUUUUUGCUGUUAUUUGGUUAUAAAUACACAUAGAGACUUUAAACUUGGUAAUAAAACUUAUAUUAGACUUACCUAAACGUGGUGAAAUUUUCAAAAUUAUCGGUCAACUUUUUUUUUGUAAUCCACGUUUCGAAAUCAAAUUUAAACGAAAAUCACGAAAAAAAAUUACGAUUUUUCAAACUAUGUAUUACCGAAUUAUGAACUGCGCUCGGAAUCGUAUUUCGUCAGCAAUGGUUUAACGUUGCUUACAGAUAUAAAUGAAAUAACCUUAUGUAUCCUAUCUUCCCAACUUCUCACCUACAACAGUGGCCACUCCCAACCCCAGUAUUAUCUCUUUUUUUUUAUGGUUUAUGACUGAUUUUUAUUUAUUUUUAUAACUAGAAAAAUAACAUUGUAUUAUAAUAUUUUGCUUUUGAUUUUUGUAGUUUAUGACUGAUUUUUAUUUAUUUAAAAAUACCUAAUUUUACUUUUUACAACUAUCUAAUGUAGGUUUUAACACUAUAUUUUUUAGAUGUUAUUAUUAUCUGUUGUAAGAGUUAACACUAUUUUUUGUAGGAGUUAACACUAUAUCAAUGUAGAAGAUUACCAACUUUUGUAAGAGUUUACCAUCCCCCUUAUAGGUAUCUACACUUUUAUACACUUUUAUCAGUGAUCUUUAAAACUAAUGAAUUAAUCUUAAAUUUUGUCUGAGACUUUUGAACAUUACUCAUAGAGAUACGUAAUGGCUUAGAAUACUACUAACAUUAUACAAUCUUGAAAUUAUUACUUAAUUAAUUUAAAAUUAAAAAAAAAAACUUUCUACCUAUAGAUACCUAUAUGUUAAUUUCCACUAAACGUCAUCAACAAAAAGUUAUUGAAAGCAAUAAAUAUCGAAAAAGACGGAUAUAUUUCGCUCGCGGCUGUGCCACUGUUAUAGGUGAGAAGUUAGGAAAGUAGAAGAGAAAUUGUAUGCAUAUCUGUACGCAACAAUUAAUCACUGCUAACGAAAAACGAUUUUGAACGGAAUUUGGUUAAUACUAUUGUUUUGCCAACAAUAUGUAUGUCAUAUUAUGGUAAAAUAAUCAUUGCAUAUGCAUUAUAUAUUUUCUUUAAUAAUAUUGUUUUUAAUAAAAUUUGUUUAACGUUGGACCUAUUUACCCGUUAUUCCCGGUUUCCCCCAUGUUUUACCCGGUUUUUCCCACUUAUUAUGUAAAAAGCUGAAAAAAAUUAUGAAAUUACCUUUUUAACGUACAAAACUAGUUACCGGUAGAAAUGUUGUCCACGGGAAAAAAGAAAGUCAUAAUAUUUUUUUAUCUAAUACCUACCAUUUCUUACAUUUUCCCGUUUUUUUCGAUUUUUCACAUUUGUAUAGAAAACUCCGGAGAAAAUCAAAAAACGACUUUUCUAAAGUCCACGGAAAAAAAAUAAACAUUUUUGUAAAACCCUAAGCUUCUUCGCUCCACUCAUAAUCUAAAAUUUCUUGUCAACUAUUUACAAAUUAUUUAAUGUAUGUAAUUUAUUUAUAGUUUUCUUCGCAUAGCAUGAUAUUAGAUUACGAAUUCUUUCAAAAUUCCAUAUGGAAUUAUAGUUUAUUUAUUUGUUAACUUGUUUUUUUUUUUUUCAAAUACUUUUUAUUACGCCAAAUCAAAAUAUGUUAUUAAGUUAUAAGUUAAUUUAUAUUAUUAAAUAUAAUCGCGCGGCGAUACGACAUUGUGUUCUAGACAUGGACAGGAUACCGUAAUCAACAACGCGAUUGUCAGUAUGUCAGCGGGGGCUAUGGCGGCAGUAAUCGCAACACCGACCGAUGUAAUUGCAAUUGAGUAUCAUCAUACUAUAUAAGUCUAAUUGCAGAAUAUUAUAUUGUAAAACUACUUGCGUGUUUUUAUGCAGCCGCGAUUGAUAUUAUCGAAAACUUACCUAAAUGUACCUAGCUGCACUUAGACGGUGCUCUAUUCUGGGGGAACUGUGUUUCAAUUGCUACUUGGAUCGAUUGGCCCUCGACUCAAACUUGAAGCACUUUCGAAAAUAUAAUAUUCCCUGUUACUACAUAGUACAGUAGUGAAAAAUAUUAUAAAAUCGUCAUACGUUCUCAAAAAACGUAAAACAAUUAUUAGACUGUACUCAUAUGACUAAUGGCUGGAUCAAACAUUUCCAAUGGGGUGGAAUGUGUAGUAGAGGAUAACGGUUAGGUUAGGUUUUUUUAUAUAUCUAAUCCGAAAGUGGGAAUUCGAAGCGACGAAACCAAAAAGGACAUUUAUUUGUCUUCAAUAAAUCAAGCAUCUUCUUGAAACUUGUCUGAAAUAUAUAAUUGUAUACUUCGAGAUUAAAUUUCUAAAUAAAUGUUAAUAGUCGCUGUACUUUUAAAAAAAUUAGGAGAGAUAUAACCUGGAAAACUCCCUUCCUCUCCUCUAUCCACUGCAAACGACUGUUAUAAUAUUAUAGUAUACCUAUAUGUAUUGUACGCAGUCUUUGUAAAUGUAAUUUUUUUCUCGCAAUAAAUAAAUAUCCCCACAAACCUUUUCUUUUCAAUAUUUAUAUUUAUUGCCAAUAAUGUUUUUAUGUAUGUAUCAUAAAUUAUUAUUCGACCGCUGCGCAUCACAGAGAAGAAUUCUUGUUCUAUUUCGCCUUUUUAUCUUAUGUCUUGAUCGAUAGUUGAUUCGCGAUAACAUUAAUUUCGAGAUGGACAAUUUGGGGGAAUGGGGGCAAAGCUUCCGACAAGGUAAUACGGAGAGAUUUUUUAAGGAAUGCUAAUUUUUUAUAAACUAUCGGGAAUAUUAAUGACCUCUAAACUACCCGUUUUUCCAUGAAUUAACCAUUGUACUUAAAUAAGUACCUAUAUAUAGGUAUACCUAUAUUUUUAUCACCGUUAAGAGAUAAUCAUAAAUAUUGUAUAGAUCGCUGUGGUACGAAUGACGGCUGACGGACGUUUGCCUCCGGAAAGCAGACGUAACUACAAACACGUGUUUGACGCUCUCCAUAAAAUACAUAGAGACGAGGGCGUCAAAGGCUUGUGGAGGGGUACCGUGGUGACCGUGAACAGAGCGAUGGUGGCGAACGUAACACAACUAAUGUCGUACGACACGGCUAAAAAAUAUCUCAAAGAUAACCGUGAGUGAUUAUCGAUAUCAAUAAUAUUAUAAUAUAGUAAAUAUAUUUUGAUGAUCGUGAAAAUGUUUUGGUUUCAAUAGAAAACAUGGAAGAAGGUCUAAAACUCCACACUUUAUCGAGCAUGGUUUCCGGUAUUAUGUAUUCGGUGUGUUCGAAUCCAAUGGACGUGUUUAAAACCAGGUAGGACUAUUUGUGCUCCACGCCAUAGGCGUAAAAUGGGUGGGAAUUAUAGUUCUCCAACAGUUCCUACAGCCGCCCUUCCGCCAAAUAAGACAUUAAUUAUCUUGCAGCUCCCCCUGAAAAAUAGCCAUGCAGAAAGAAAUAUAUUUGUUACUUUCGUUUUAUAAAUACGUACUAAAUAUAUCAAAAGCCUAAUACAUAUUGUACAUUUUUUUGCAAUUUCCAAAACUAGUGCUGAAGCUCUUUUCUCGAUUUUGUUUUCGUGUGUAAUUCGGUUUAAAAUAAUCAUAGAGACCUGCAGUUUUCACAGAAUACUACAAUUAGAAUAUUAGCACUUUUUAGAAGUAGUACAGAUUUCAAAACAUUUCAGCUUUUAACUACCUAUUCAUAUAACCUCAUAAUCGUUUGUCAUUUUUGAGUAUUUUUAGUUACUAUUUGGUGUUAGACAUGAAUAAAAUUGUUUGAUCGGAAUGCUUAACAUUUUAUUAAGACGUUCGUUAUAAGUUUAACAUAAUGAAAAAAAGAAAAAGUUGAACGUAAUGUAUAUUAGUUUUUUUUAUAAGCAUUUUAAGAUCAAAUUUUAAUGAAAAACGUACAAAUUACGGAAUUUGCAAACAUGGUGUGUAACCGUACUUCGCUUAGAAUCGUUUUGCUUUAGCAAUGAUUUAUCGUUGCGUACAGAUACGAAUUAAAUUACUAAUAGAUAUGUGCUUAAUGUUUAUGCAUCUAUAUAAAUCAUUUUGUUAGGGUUAUAGCCCCCUUAAAAAAAUAAUCAUGCCAAGACCACCACGAUAAUAAUGAACGAUAUUAUUAUAUAUUAUGUUAUAAUUGUAUAACAGUUGAAUAUUGAAUUAUUAUUUUUAUUCUGUAUAGAAUUCAACAACAGAAAAUAAUUGACGGCAAGCCGGAAUAUUCGGGCAUGGUGGAUGUGGCUACGACUUUAGUGAAAACUGAAGGGAUCACCGCUUUAUGGAAAGGUUGGCCGUUCUAUUAUUUACGAAUCGCUCCGGCUACUGUUUUAUUGUUUGUGUUCAUGGAGCAGCUUAACAAGGGAUAUAGAAAAUACGUUUUGCACGAAGAGCAAGAGAACAAAAGGAAUUAA